UCGGCUCCAGGUGCGGCGGUGGGACUGGGGCCGCGGCCCGGGCCGGGACGGGCGGCCGAGGAGCCAUGGCCGAGUCCCAGCUGAGCUGCCUGGACGAGGCGCACGUGAACGAGAGGGUGACCGAGGCGCAGGCCGCCUUCUACUACUGCGAGCGGCGGCGGGCCGCGCUGGAGGCGCUGCUGGGCGGCGGCGAGCAGGCCUACCGCGAGCGGGUCAAGAAGGAGCGACUUCGGGACUUCCUCUCCAGCCCAGAGCGUGAGGCCCUCCGCGCCGCCUGGAGCCCCUACGAGGAUGCCGCCGCCGCCGCCGCCGAUCGGGGCAAAAGCAAGGUCAAGGCCAAGGCCCCGGCCCAGGCUACUACCGAGCCCGGAGAAUCCCUCGCCUACUGGCCCGACCGCUCUGACACCGAGGUGCCCCCGCUGGAUCUGGGCUGGACCGACACCGGCGUGUACCGCGGCGUGAGCCGCGUCACCCUGUUUACCCACCCCCCCAAGGAGGAGAAGGCGCCGCACCUCAAGCAGGUGGUCAGGCAGAUGAUCCAACAGGCGCAGAAGGUCAUCGCUGUGGUCAUGGACCUCUUCACCGAUGGUGAUAUCUUCCAAGACAUCGUGGAUGCCGCGUGUAAGCGCCGGGUCCCCGUCUAUAUCAUCCUGGAUGAGGCAGGCGUGAAGUUUUUCCUGGAGAUGUGUCAGGGCUUGGAGCUUGCUGACUACCGUAUUCGGAACAUCCGUGUCCGCUCUGUGACAGGUACUGGCUUCUACAUGCCCACGGGGAAGGUCAAGGGGACCCUGUCAUCAAAGUUCCUAAUGGUAGAUGGAGAAAAAGUGGCCACUGGAUCUUAUAGGUUCACCUGGAGCUCCUCCUACGUGGACAGGAACCUUCUCCUCCUCCUGACCGGGCAGAACGUGGAGCCCUUCGACGUGGAGUUCCGGGAGCUGUACGCCAUCUCCGAGGAGGUGAACUUGUACCAGCAGCUGAGCCUGGCAGGGAGGCUCGGCCCCAACUACUCGUCCACUGUGGCUCGCAAGCUGAUCAACCCCAAGUAUGCCCUGGUGGCAGGGAGCCGCCACCCACCAGGCGAGCUGAUGCGCUGGGCGGCCCGGCAGCAGCAGCAGCAGCGGGAGGCCGGCGGCGACCCCGAGGGGCAGGAGGAGGGCGGCAGGGGCGGCGAGGCAGCCAGGCGCCUGGAGAGCUUCCUGAAGGACCUGGCCACACUGGAGCAGGUGCUGCCCCCCGUGGAGGCCGUCCCCUCCGGGGAGCUGCUGCGGAAGGACCGCCGGGUGGUCUCCCACCUGCACGUGGACCUGAAGCCCAGGCCCCAGGAGGCGCUUGUCCGAAACGGCAAGGGAGAAGCUGCCAACGGGGAGGCCGCCGCGGCCAAGGAGGGCAAGCGCUUUAGCAGCCGGUUCUUCAGUCGCCGGGCCAAGAGGCCCGCAGCGCCCAACGGCACGGCCAGCUCCGUCUCCACCGAGACCUUUGCGGAAGUGCAGUUUGCGCCGGGGAAGAGGCCCAGCGGGGGCUCCAGCGCUGACAUCUCAGGUAAAACAAAUCCCAGUCCUUCCAAGGCCAGCAAUUGCGUGAUCUCCUGAGCCAUGGGCCAGCGGUGGGCAGGAUCUGUGGAUGUCCCCAGCCCUGUCCUAUGGAGAAUACAGGUCAAACACUGCACCAGUUUGCACUUCGGACCCUUACUUGCUUCCUGGCCAACAGCCUCCAUCCUGGCCUCAGGGACCCUCAAUCCCAGAUGUGAAGGUCUGCAGCACAUGGGGACCAUCACACGCCUCUGCAAGAGUGCCGGCCGCCGGGCAAGGGUCACUCCUUCUUGUUUACAUGAAGUGGAAGCUUGA